AUGCUGGAUCGCCGAGCUGCCAUGCUCGUGUUGUUCAGCUGCUUCUUGUUCCUCACCACGCAUGCACAGCAGCAGCCCCAGCCAGCCGCCAGUGGCAACAGAAAGAGUACGUCCGAGCUGCAUACCGCACGAGACGGACACCCUGCUGGCAUUCAAGCAAGCGAGACGGUGAUCAUGGCGAGCAGGACUGCUGCCGGUGGAGAGGCGUCAGAUGCAGCAACCGAACUGGCCGAUCAACCAGAUUUGGUCGGCCAGGUAAGUCCUUUGCUUGCUCUGGAUCAUCUAGAGCAUCUUGACCUCAGCGAGAACGAACUAGAGGGGCCAACUGGUCAUAUUCCUAAGUUCUUGGGCUCUCUCAAGUAUCUCAACCUCUCUGGCAUACUACUCUCAAGAGCUUCAACUAAAUUUAGCCAAUGCAUGCAUGAAUCAAAGUGA